AUGGGUUCGCCUAGUGCGGGGUCCAAUGUCAGCGAUCCGGGUUCCCCUAGUGCGGGGUUCAAUGUCAGCGAUACAGGUUCGCCUAGUGCGGGGUUCAAUGUCAGCGAUACAGGUUCGCCUAGUGCGGGGUUCAAUGUCAGCGAUACAGGUUCGCCUAGUGCGGGGUUCAAUGUCAGCGAUACAGGUUCGCCUAGUGCGGGGUUCAAUGUCAGCGAUACAGGUUCGCCUAGUGCGGGGUUCAAUGUCAGCGAUACAGGUUCGCCUAGUGCGGGGUUCAAUGUCAGCGAUACAGGUUCGCCUAGUGCGGGGUCCAAUGUUUACGAUACAGGAUCGCCUAGUGCAGGAAAUACGACUCAAACGGGUGGAUGUAUCUUACCCCCGUACCCAGAAAACGGACGAUAUAUAGCGACAAACGCUCCCAACGAUGGCCCAGGACAAUCUUCCGAUUUAUACCUCCUGAAUAUUACCUGCGAUACAGGGUAUAGGAUACUUGGUGAGAGCAAUGUGUACUGCUUCCAAGGGUUCUGGAGUACUUACAAUCUGCCAAGUUGUGUUCGCUACUGUAAAUUUAUACCACACCCAAGUGUGGAAUACUCCUGCGUGGUAUCAGAUGGUACAAUAGAAGGACGUCGAGCCUGCAACGAGUAUGAACCAGACGCGACUGUGGUCCGGACCCAAUGCAGGAACAAUUAUUACGGAGACCCGCCCACUAUGACGUGCAUUGAUGGGGCUUGGGACUUCCUUGCUCGCUGUUCACCAGAAUGUGGACAAGUCACGCCAGAUGGUGAAGAACUGAUCAUCGGUGGACGUCGAGCUUCACGCGGCGAGUUGCCGUGGCAUGCCGGCAUAUAUCGGAAGACCACAACUCCAUACAUGCAGGUCUGCGGCGGGUCCCUGGUCAGACCCAACGUGGUUAUAUCAGCGGCGCAUUGUUUCUGGAGCGAGGACGUGGGUUUACUCCCCGCUAGGGACUUUAGCGUCGCAGUUGGGAAGCUGUACCGCCCUUGGGAUGAUCCUAUGGAUAUCGACGCGCAGAAAUCUGAUGUCAGCUCGAUCCACAAGCCCCCGCACUUCACGGGAUCCUCAUCCAACUUCCAGGAGGACAUAGCGGUACUGAAGCUGACCACCUCAUUCCAAUACAAGCCCCACGUUGGUCCCGUCUGCUUGGAUUUCGACGAGGUCUUUGAUCAGUAUCAACUGGAUAGGAAAAGACUUGGAAAGGUGGCCGGUUGGGGUCUGACCAGUAUCAACGGUGAUGCGUCCCCCAAACUGAAGGUGGUGGAACUACCCUCGGUGGAGUACAACGAGUGUUACGAACAAGUGCCCUAUAACUUCCGCGCCUACCUCACUAGCGACAAAAUAUGUGCUGGAUACAAAGAUAAUGGCACGGCUCUCUGUAAAGGCGACAGCGGGGGCGGGCUGGCGUUCCCCGAGUUCGAGCGGACCACGGUCCGGUUCUACCUGCGCGGCGUGGUCUCCACCGCGCCCAACGACGAGAACCUCUGCAACGGGAACACCAUCACCGCCCUCACUCACAUCCUCAAGCAUGCCUCUUUCAUAAGGCAAUAUCUGUAGAUCUUGUAA